ACUAACAAGAGUGCAGAGGAGAAGCAUUGAUGUUCAUACCAAAAGUUUUCUUCCCUUACUUUUCCUUAUUUUUCCUUAUUUUAGCCGUAGUUAUUUAUUUGAAAUGUGCUCCAGAGGAAAACGGUGGACUCCUUCAAAGUCCACCCACAGCUCAUCCUGUGUGAAACUGUACCUGUGCUCCAACCCAGAUGAUAGUGUCGUGGAGCGAAGAGCUCUGAGAGACACUGUUUUCCCCAAACUUAGAGCGCACUGUCGACACACACUGGGGCUGGAUGUCAGGGUGAUAGACCCGUUUGAGUCCAGUGAUCCCAGUUGUUGGCCAGAUGAAAACACCAGACAGCAGCUGAUUAAAGAAUGCAGAGAGAGCUCCGCAGGACCAUUUUUACUGGCCCUGGUAGGACAUCAGUAUGGCACAGCCAGUCUGCCCGCCCAGGUGGAGGUGUCAGAGUACCAGCUGCUGCUGCAGGAGGGCCAGCAAGCGGGCGUCAGCACCCGGGAGCUGGAGAGAGUGUACCAGAGGGACGAGAACACCAUCCCUCCCUCCUACUGCCUGAGACCUGCACACAGACACACCUGCUGUCCUCAGGCAGAGGUUAAGGAAGAAGAGAUGAAGGCUAAAGAAGACGAGCUGAGGAAGGUGUUUCAGACCACUGUGAGUCUGUGUGUCCACGGCGGUCUCAUGACCCCAGAGAGAGCGCAGAGCUACUACAGAUCAGCCCUCGACGCAGAUCUGCGAUUUGCUCUGGACGACCGUCCUGAUAAUGACAUCAUCAGACGCUGCCUGGUUUACGUCCAUAAGGUCAUCAAUGCAAAAGGAGAGACAGAGAAGGGACAGAUGGACUCACAACUUCAGCCACAGUCAGAGGCUUCGACUCCCGACCAGAGAACACCCACUGAUGGACAAUUGUUCUCAGAGCUUUGUGACAACUUCCUCCCUGGUCUCAUCACUUCCUCCCAGCUUCUGGUCUACACCAGCGCCACAGAGUGCGACCGUCGCCAUGGUUACACGAGAGCCAGGAGGCGGGGUUAUGCCAAGUCUCUGUGCCAGCAGGUGUACUCUGACCUUGUGGGGUUGAUUGACAGCGUGGACGUCUUAGAAAGCAGUGAAGACUCUCAGCUCGGUGAUGCGUUAUCCAGAGAGCAGACCGAGCAGGAGGAGCUGUGUGACAUCAUGUCUCGCUUUUAUGACAUCGUUCGGCCAGAAGAGGAGAAGGUCAGAGCCUAUGUGGAGCAGAGUGAACAACAGUGCCCACUAGUGGUGACAGGAGGACCAUGCACAGGGAAAGCAGUUCUGGUGGCACACUGUGCUCAACAGAUAAAGUCUUGGCUGCCAGACUGUGAUCCUGUGGUGAUCACUUAUUUUUGCAACCUGUCAAUCAACCCUUCUCCAAAGCACCUGUUGUCGAGCCUGUGUUAUCAAAUUGCCAGUAGAUAUCACGAUAAACUGUCCUCGGAGCAGAAUCCCAGCGACUUGGACGAUCCUAGCUAUAUCACUAACCUCAGGGACCACAAAUCCAACUGUAGCCUGGAUCCUCACCCUGAACCCACCACCGGAGAGCCUGUUUCUGAUCAUAACCAAGACCAUAGUACCGUACCACGCCCAGAUCCUUCUGGCAUCAUAAAACCUGACAUUUGUCUGUCUGAGCUUAAAGAACGUCUCUCAUCGCUCCUCUCCCUCCUGCCUUCUAACAAACAGCUUCUAGUUCUGAUCCUCGAUGGCCUGGAUCACAUCGAGAACAACUUUGGACCUCAAAUCAUUGAGAGCCUCCCCUCCCCUCUUCCUCCCAAUGUCAAACUCAUCCUCACAGCCUCCUCCAAACGAACACAUGUCUUGCAAGCCAUCACCCAACAAGGAAGUCCACCUCAGUGUGUAUCAGAGGGCAGUGAGAAGGAGUAUGUGUGUGUACCGCUGGGAUUGGAGAACAGGAAACAGUGUGUGAAGAUGUUGGCGUCGCUGCUGGACAGUUCAGGGAGGAGGGUGACAUCAGGACAACAGGCGCUGGUGAACCAGGCGCUGAAUUCUUGUUGCCUGACUCUCUACGCUCGACUCCUGCACCAGCACACGUCACUGUGGCACUCUGAUUCAGAUGUGACUGAGUCGUCUCUCCCUGAUGGCGUCCAUUCAUCCGUUUCUGCGCUGCUGGAUCACCUUGAGCAGAAACAUGGCUCCUCUUUGGUGGCCCGUGCUGUCUCCUACCUCACCCUCUCCAGGACUGGGCUCACUGAGGCCGAGCUCGCUGAUCUGCUGUGCAGUGAUGAGGGGGUGCUGUCUGAGCAUCUUCAGCAGGGCGAGAGCCCCUCCUCCAAUAUGAGGGUCCGGCAAGUCCACGUGGAGAUACUUCUAUUGGACCUCAGGAGGUUUCUCGUUAAGAGGACGGUUGCAGGGUCUCGUGUCUUGUUCUGGGUGAGCAGGCAUUUCAAGCUGGUAGUGGCUAAGAAGUAUUUAGGCACUCGUGAGGUGAGGAAAGAGAUUCAUUCAGCGAUGGCAGACUACUUCAGUGGCCGAUGGGCUUGUGGAAGUGCUCAACCACUGAAAUCUGGACCAAACAUGGACAUCCCCCAAAUGGAACUAUACGCAGACCAGCAGCCAUCCAGCCAGCUGUUUGCCUAUUCUGCCACAGAGGUGGCCCGACUGAACUUGAGGCAGGUCUCAGAAUUGCCGCAUCACUUGUCACAAGGAAGUGACAAAUGGGAGGAGUUGGAGCAUUUGUUAAUGUCUUUUGGGUUUCACCAGGCUGUGGUUCGAGCAGGACUCCUGGGAGAUCUGGUAGCCAUGUUGGAGGGUGAGGAGUGGUCAUCCCACUCUCAGUUUUCAAGGGAAAGAGCACUCCUAGCAAGCAUAUUAAAUUCUUGUGCUUGCUUACUGCAGAGCUCACCCCUGCAGCUGCCCACAGUGAUGGAGACGAGUCUCUUCCCUUAUCUGGAGGUCUUUCCUGCGCUCAGAGGUUAUGUCAGAGACAUCAGAAAGGAGAGGAGUAAAAGAGGAGGCGGAUUAGGAGUAGCGCUCAGCCCUGCUCCCUCCUCUGUUCCCUUUGUUCAGCAUUUAAAGUUUGAUGCCAAAACCAAGGGCGUUUCAGUUACAGAAGCAGCUGGGACAGAGCGUGGGAUAGUGGCAGAGGUCAUGGAUGAUGGCACUGUUUGGUUUUGGAAAGGCUCUGGGUGUGAUGUAGUCAAACUAUUACUGAGCUGCGAGCAGAAGGAGUUGAAGUUUGCGGGAGUGAAGAGUAGCGGUCAGUUCAUGCUGCUUUCCACACAGUGCAACAAGCUCUUCCUGUGGGAUGUGACAGGCCCAGAAAUAUUUCUACAGCUUCAGGACCCUUUGAAAACAGAGUUUGUACCAGAGUCAAGCCAACAAACACAAAUUGAGGGGUUUGUUGCAUGUCAGAAGAAGCUAUUCAUGUGGUGGAAAGAUGAGAGUUUUGUGAGCGUGUUUGAUGUCUCCAGUGAGACCUUGACUCAUUUCCAGUGUCAGAGCUGUGUGACCUGCUUGGUUUGCUCCUCUAAUGGCUUUUAUAUGUACUGUGGGCAGGAAGAAAGCACAGUGUCCAUAUUUGACACUAUCACCGGCAGCCUCCUUGGCACCUGUUCAAACUCAAACCACAAUGCGGUAACAUCAAUGUUCCUCUGUGAAGACAAGAGGGAAAUGGCUUGUGUUCACAGGACAGGUAAUGUGACCUUGUGGGAUGUGACAGCCAAAACAAAACCACCCAGACUUGUCAAAGAAAGCUUUACUGGGGACACAUCUAAUAACAUCCUAAAUACAGAUUACUCGGAUGAAAUUGACACUUUACUGGUGUGUCAGUCUCACCAGGUUACUCUGUGGGAUACAUGUGAUUGGGAGCUGUGGGACCAGUUCUUGGCUCCACAGGGCAGGGCCUUCACUCAAGCUGUGCUCUCACAGGAUGGCCAUCUUUUCCUGGCUUUGUUAGACGCCUGUCCCUUUGUCUUGGUUUGGAGGGUCAGCACAGGGCAUUGUGUUCUCUCCUUAGAAGCAAACAAGCGGCCUCGUACGCUCCUCAAAAUGCCCUCAGAUGUCAUUUGUGUCGCUCAUGACGGCUGCCUGACAGCUUGGGACUCUGAGAUGAUAGAAGCUGCAGGUAUAGCUCCAAAAAUGGGGUGUGGCGUGAAAGAAGUAGUGGUCGAACGGACAGGCGAGUGGUUCUACACCACUGAUGGGUCAGAUACGGUGUGGAGAUGGAGAUUAGAAACAGGACUUCCACAUGCUAACAUCUUACAUGAUGGUCCUGUGGAAAAACUGCGCCUUUCUCCUAAUGACAUCCACCUUGUGACACUCUCAGCAGGGGAAAUUUACGUUUGGCAAACAGAAACAGGUGAGAACAUCCUGCGUAUGAGUGGCAGCAGAGCGACAGACAUCCUUAUCACCCAUAAUGGUAACUUCGGGGUGAGUAUUUCUGAGCGAUGGUUGUCUCGGGUUUGGAAGCUGGCGAAUGGGAGUAUUGUGUGCAGCAUACACCCAUACCUAUGUGACGCCCAGGUGUCGCCUGAAAACACCUUCCUUAUUGGCCUUCGCUGUGGGGACCUGUUAGCUGCCAGUCUGUGGUCGGGCUCCAUCAGCAAGCGCUUCUCCUGCGUGGCGAACUCAGAGCUUGUUGUAGCUUUCCAUACAAUUUCAGAGCACCCAGACUUUGUGGUGGUGAUGGCUGCCUCAGGGGCAGUGUACACGUGGAAAGUAGCAGAGGAGACGGUGUGCAGGCACUUUCAGCUGCCUUAUAUGUUUCACUGCCAGCCGCAACACUUCCAAAUGUCCUCUAAUGGGAACUACGCCCUGCUGUCAACUCAUAAUGAAGCGAUCAACCUCAUGGACCUAUCUCAGGCCAGACUGUGCUCAUUCAAAGCUGAGGGUCCCGUCAUUAAAGCGUGUUUGGAUAAAAAUGGAUGUUACAUUGCCUACAUAUCCUACCCCACCACUACGGAGAAAAGCUGCGUCUGUUCCCUGCAUGCGAGGCCCGUCCUCACAGUCGUACGACUCACAGAUGGGGAAAGAAUAGGAAGUGUGUGUCUGUCUAAGAACCCGUCGACUCUGGUCGUGUACAAGCGUCAGUGUGUGUUCGUGGGCUUUGAGGACGGGUCUGUAGGUGUGUAUUCUAUUUUAGAUCUCGCGAUCAAUGGGGAAGAGUCGUUCAGGUGCAGAGAUAAUCUGAAUGGUCAGUUGAAGCAAUGCCCCUUUGACAGAACGCCAUCCAGCUGGUUACCGCUAGCAACCCCCAAUAUCGCAUGGCCUUAAGAUCAUUAUACACUGUUGUUGGACUGCGUUUAAAAUGCAUGUAUAUAGAUAAUAAAUGUGACAGCACACAAAGUGAAGAAUGUGUUGUAUGUAAAAUGUAUAUAUUGAUAUAUAAAAAUAGAAACACCUGCAUGGUUAAACUGUUUCUAAGCACCUCUGUAAGCCUGCAGCACCUUUUGUUUCAUUUUCAGCUGGUCCAGGUUGAUGAUACACUUCACAGCAGAAGCAUUGAGAUCCAGUUUCAUUUCUGUGAAAAGAAAACCAAAUAACUGAGCAGCUUCUGUCACAUCUACUGCAUGUAUUAACACAGAGAUCAUCUUACACAUUUAUUUGAAAUAAAGUAAUGUGGUAUGAAUGUCUUGUUUAUAUUCCUGUUUCUGUGGUGAGAAGUAAUGCCAAUUUAACAUGCUUGCAUCACUUUUUGUAUAAGAAUGACUGUCCUCUUGGCAGAAAUGUCAGAAAAUAGAUAUAUAGAGAGUAUUUUGUCUGUAUGUUUUUAAAAAAUCUAAACCCUGGCCUUGUAUUGAUUAAAAGAUACUUUAUUUAGAUUAUGUUCAUUGGUUCUGUUCACUCUAAACAAAAAAAAAGUCACACCUGUUCUCAUUGCAGGUAGAUUGUAUUUUUAAGACAUUUAAGAGUGCGUCACAUUUCGUGUGUAAAGCCUAAAUAAUCGAAACUAACUUUUUAAAGAUAAGAGAUCUCUUCUGUCGUACGAACUUCUGUUAGUCUCAUGUUGCCUUCCAUGUUACUCUGUAAGCUUGUAAAUUUUAAAACUUCUCUCGUACAUCCUAUUGUUUGUGCACUGCUCGGAAAUAAAUAACAAAUUGCACCAAAUAACAAACGUCGUUAUUGUUAGUCACUUUAAUU